CCAUAGAGAGAACACUUCAACCCUUAAAAACAAAAAUUCAACUCUUAAAAAAAAAAAGCGGUUUAAAGAUGAGACAAAAUUAAGCUUAGUUUAAAAAGUUCAAAUGAGGGAAACCUUACAACAUAGGCUACUCCUUGCAAAGGGGGAGUUAAACUCAGCGUAGACUUGUUAGAUACUGGUUCAACCAGUUUCUCAGAGAGGCAGGUAAUUUUUCCCCACUUGAAAACAGGAAAAGAAAGUCAGGUAGUGGGCUGAAAGGCUAUUUCCUUGGUUUUACACAGAGGAAGGAAUAUCAGAUUCAUCAGAUAGAACCACUUAACAUCAAGAUGCCUGAGGAGGAAGAUGGCUACAAAAAAAAAGGAGAGCCUAAGAAAUUUGAUCCCAACUUCAAAGGGCCCAUCCAAAACAGAGGAUGUACAGACAUUAUUUGCUGUAUCUUCUUCCUUUUGGCCAUACUGGGUUAUUUUGCUGUGGGAAUUGUUGCCUGGUCUCAUGGUGACCCGAGGAAGGUGAUCUACCCUACAGACAGCAUGGGACAGUUCUGUGGGCAGGGAGUACUGGAAAAAAAGCCAUUCUUGUUCUACUUUAACAUCAUGAAGUGUGCCAGUCCCAUGGUCCUCUUAGAGUUCCAGUGUCCCACUCCUCAGUUGUGUGUAGAGAAAUGUCCUAAUCGCACAAUGACAUUGGUGACUGCCAACUCAAUUAUAGAAGACUGGAAAUACUAUAAAGGUUUUUGUCGCGAAGACCCAGGGAUGAAGAGUGUGCCGGAGAUUUUGCAAGAAAAGCUGUGUCCUGCAUAUUUGAUUUCCAGCAAACACUUUUUGCAGCGGUGUUUUCCGACUCUGGGCAAAAAGGGGAAAACCAUCACAGUGGGUGAUAUGGAGACAUUUGAUGAUGGACAGGGCAAAAUAAGAGACGCCAAAGACCUGGUGGCUGGAAUGAAGAAUGCUACGAUAGUCAUGGAGGGUCGUCAAGUUGCAAUGAAGAUCUUUGAGGAUUACACAAAGUCUUGGUACUGGAUCCUUAUUUGUCUGUUGAUUGCUGUGGUGGUGAGUCUGAUCUUUAUUGUUCUUCUACGUUAUCUGGCUGGAGUCAUGGUGUGGGUCAUGAUCCUCAUGGUCAUCGCUGUCAUCGCCUAUGGUAUCGUUCACUGCAGUAUAAAGUAUGUGAAUCUGAAGGACACAGCUGGUGCUAAUGUCACUCUACAGCAGCUGGGCUUCCAGCCGGAUUUCACUGUAUACCUGCACAUCAGACAGACCUGGCUGGCCUUCACCAUCAUUCUGGCUAUCGUGGAGCUCAUCAUCCUCCUCCUCCUCAUCUUCCUCAGGAACAGAAUCCGCAUCGCUGUUGAGCUCAUGAAAGAGGCCAGCAGAGCUGUUGGAUAUGUGAUGUCAUCACUGUUCUACCCAAUUUUUACCUUCUUCCUCCUGACUGUAGUCAUCGCGUACUGGGCCGUCACUGCAGUCUUCCUCUCUACAUCCAGUGAGCCUGUGUAUAAAGUUUUCAAUGAAACUGAUUGUUCUCAUGCCAGAGAAACCUGUAACCCUGAGAACUACACACUUUCUGAUAUGAAGCGAGACUGCCCGCAGUCUGAGUGCCUGUUUGCUUUCUAUGGUGGGGAAACGGCCUAUCACAAGUACCUGAUCUUCUUCCAAUUCUACAACGUCUUCUUGUUCUUCUGGUGUGCCAACUUUGUGACCGCUCUGGGUCAGAUGACUCUGGCUGGAGCCUUUGCGUCUUACUACUGGGCUUUUAAGAAACCCGAAGACAUACCUGCCUUCCCGCUGUGUGCCGCUCUGGGCAGAUCCCUCAGGUAUCACACGGGCUCUCUGGCAUUUGGUUCUCUCCUUCUUGCCAUUGUACAGAUUAUCAGGGUUCUGCUGGAGUAUCUUGACCACAAACUCAAGGCCUCAGAGAAUAAAUUUGCCAAGUUCUUGAUGUGCUGUCUGAAGUGCUGCUUCUGGUGUCUAGAGAAGUUCAUCAAGUUCAUUAACAGGAACGCCUACAUUAUGGUGGCCAUAUAUGGUAAGAACUUCUGCAGGUCCGCACGUGACGCCUUCUUUCUCCUGAUGAGAAAUGUAGUGAGGGUGGUAGUCCUGGAUAAGGUCACCGAUUUCAUCUUAUUCCUCGGAAAACUCCUCAUUGUGGGACUUGUGGGAAUAUUCGCUUUCUUCUUCUUCUCCGGACAUACAGAUGCAUUUAAGGGCACUGCACCAAGUCUCCAUUAUUACUGGGUCCCUAUUUUGACGGUGUUAGUGGGCUCCUACCUCAUUGCCCACGGGUUUUUCAGUGUUUACGCCAUGUGUGUGGACACACUCUUCCUCUGCUUCUUGGAGGACCUGGAGAGAAAUGAUGGCAGCCCAGAACGACCCUAUCUGAUGUCUGACCACCUUCUCAAUGUCUUGAAGAAAAAGAACCAGGCCAAAUAGUAGUUACGGCUCCUUAUUGGCGAUCAGGGUUACUGUAUGUAUGUACUCUACUCUAUAUAUGUGCAUGCUUCCUGCGACACCUCAGUAGUUACAGCAUUAAACUGAAAGUGCCUUAAACUUGGUUGUUUGGGGGGGGGGGAUGCAUCUCGAGUUUCAGAGGUCUUUAAGCAGAUGUGUUAUUUCAAUGUGUAAAAAUGUUUAGUUAUUCCUGCUAAACAUUUGAAUGGCCACUUUAAAGAAUAUAACUGUCAGGAAGUGUUUCGUCGUAAAUGCUCUGAUUUGCAUGUUGCUGUUUUUGACAUAUAAUUUGACAUGUAUUUCAUAAAGUGUUUAUAGUUGUUAUGGUUUUCAUAAAAACAGCAUUUUUUGGUUGGGAUUAUUGCUGGAAUUUUCUAAAAACUUUUCUAAUUGUUUUCAUGCGAGUUAAUAUUUAAGUUUGGCUGUUUUUAUAAUAGAUGAUUAAAAUUGAAUAUUUAAUUCAAUGUAAGACCAUCAUUUGUAAUCAUUUUCUGAUCCUGACCACCAGAUACAGUACAAGAAAUGUGUUUCUUUGUAAAGUUGUUAAGAGCUUCUUGUGUUACAGAAGCCAUACAAUAGGAAAUGUUUAAAGAGUUGUUGCAUAUGUUUGUGCCUCAGUACAUGAUAAAUAAAGAAUUUUAUACAUUAA